UUCCUUUUGCAGAGCAGAGUGGCUGUGGCUCCCAUCGUUUCCGCGCCGCCGCCCGUCGCCUCCAAAUCUCCGCCAUUCUCCCAACCAUCCCCUGAUCCCACCCCACCCCGGCCUCCUCCUCCCCGGAGGCCCCUCGCGUCGGCCGGAGACUCGGCCGCGGAGCAGAACGAGCCGUGGAUCGUGGCAUUUGACCAGGGAAUCGCCCGUCUCCACAGGCCUCCCCGGAUCCCGAGCCCAAGAUCCCCUCUUCUCCCCGCACCCCGGCUCUGCUCAAAUCUCGGUCUCCUCUGCAGCUCGAUGCCAAGUUCCUGACCAAGAUUAGUGGAUUUUUCGCAUUGAUCGAUCCCCGGCCAGUCCCAUGGGUGGAUUCGGCGGCAACUGCCGGCUGGGGUCCGUGCUCUUCUUCUCCGCCUGGAUCACGCUCGCCGCCCUCAACAGGCUGCUGCGGCCGGCGCCCAACGGGUGCCAGAUGACCUACAUGUACCCGACCUACAUCCCGAUCUCCACGCCCAAGAACGUCUCCUCCGACAGGUACGGGCUCUUCCUGUACCACGAGGGGUGGAAGAAGAUCGACUUCGACGAGCACGUCAGGAAGCUCGACGGCGUGCCGGUGCUGUUCAUCCCCGGCAACGGCGGAAGCUACAAGCAGGUUCGCUCGUUGGCUGCAGAAUCUUUUCGGGCAUAUCAAAAUGGUCCACUUGAGCCAUCCUUCUAUCGGGAAGCAUCUAGUACGUCUGAACUGGAAGACUUCUCCCUUCCAUCACGAUAUGGCUGUAUGCUGGAUUGGUUUGCUGUUGAUCUUGAAGGAGAGCACUCGGCAAUGGAUGGUCGCAUACUCGAGGAGCAUACGGAACAUGUUGUCUAUGCCGUCCAUAGGAUCCUUGAUCAAUACAAGGAGUCUCAUGUAGCGAGAGCAAACGACGGCGGUCGAUCUACUGGCAACUUGCCAUCUAGUGUUAUACUAGUUGGACAUUCAAUGGGUGGUUUUGUAGCUCGAGCAGCUCUUGUCCACCCAGGCUUAAGGAAAGCAGCAGUCGAAACUAUACUAACGCUCUCCAGCCCACACCAGUAUCCUCCUGUUGCUCUGCAGCCAUCUCUGGGUCAGUUUUUCUCCCAUGUCAAUGAACAAUGGAGAGAUGGGUACAUGACAGGAGAAUCACGUACAAGCAGUCCAAAACUCUCAAAUGUGGUAGUUGUUUCUGUAUCAGGCGGCAUCCAUGAUUAUCAGGUUAGGUCAAGGUUGGCCUCAUUGGAUGGCAUUGUACCUUCUACUCAUGGCUUUAUGGUAGGAAGCUCCAGUGUGAAGAAUGUUUGGCUGUCCAUGGAACAUCAAUCUAUCCUAUGGUGUAAUCAAUUAGCUGUACAGGUUGCACACACUCUUCUUAGCAUGAUAGAUCCCGUGGACCGACAGCCAUAUUUUAGCUCACAAAAAAGAGUUUUCGUGUUUGCAAAAAUGCUCCAGAGCGCAGUUCCUCAAUCUUUGAGCUGGAUGAAUCGUGUUUCAGGUUCUCAAUCUUCCAAUCUUCUCUCAAGUGAUACCAGGGAUGCUGGUGAAUUGCAGCGAAAUGAUUCACGAUUUUGCCCACCAUCUGCUCAAUGGACAAGUGAUGGCCUUGAAAAGGACCUGCACAUUCCGUCAAAUUUGGUUACCGUUUUAGCAAUGGAUGGCAGGAGAAGAUGGUUAGAUAUUAAAAAGCUGGGUUCAAAUGGAAAAGGACACUUUGUUUUUGUUACAAAUCUUGCUCCAUGUUCUGGAGUGAGGAUUCACCUGUGGCCAGAAAAGCAUCAUUCAUCCAUCCAAAAUGAGAUACCUGCCAGUAAAAAGAUAGUUGAGGUCACUUUGAAGAUGGUUCAAAUCCCAGCAGGACCUGCACCAAAACAGGUAGAACCUGGGAGCCAAACUGAGCAACCGCCUCCUUCUGCAUUUCUUCUGCUAAGUCCAGAAGACAUGAGUGGUUUCCAUUUCAUGACUAUAUCGGUGGCAUCACGACCGAUGAUUUCAGGCAGACCUCCCCCAGCAGCUUCUAUGGCAGUGGGCCAGUUCUUUAAUCCAGCGGAAGGAACAAGUGCACUUUCUGUUGCCAAGAUUGUCCGCUCUAGCUAUGCUUCUGAAGAAAUAUUUUUGAAGGAGGAUCACCCAUUGGCUUUAACCUUGUCGUUUUCUGUCAGUCUUGGUCUUCUACCUGUUAUAUUAUCACUGGGAACUACUGGAUGUGGAAUAAAAAACAUUGGAGACCAAAUGGAAGCUGAUAAAAACAACCUUUGUAAAUUAAGGUGCUUCCCACCUGUUGCACUGGUUUGGGAUUCUGUAUCAGGCCUACACAUCAUUCCGAAUAUCUAUUCUGCGACUGUAGUGGUUGAUUCAUCACCUGCUACUUGGGAUUCAGAUCAAGGGGCUGAGAGAACUACUGUGCUAGUUCUGGCUGAUCCGCAUUGCUCAUACAAAGUCACUCUCCGUGCUUCACUUGGUGCUGCAACGAGCAGGUUCUUUUUGUUGUACAUGUCUGAGAUUCUUGGUUUCAUGAUUGCUGUAGUACUGUUUGGCCUGAUGCGGCAAUCAUCAGCAUGGGAGCGUGAUUGUUCUGUGCCAUCUAUUUUGUCAGCUAUAGAGAUGAACCUGAAACUGUCAAGCCCAUGGAUGUUCCUUUGCUUCACGCCAAUACUUCUAUUCCUUGCCUUUUUGUUUCUCACUACAGGGCAAAACCCUCGAUUUGGGACCUUCUUGUUUGUUACGGUGAUCUGCUAUAUAAUUGCUAAUGGUUUCACCAUUUUGCUGAUACUUUGUUCGAAACUGAUUCUGUAUGUCGCGGCUAUUCUACAUGUCUUCGUCAAAAGACGUUGGCAAUCAUGGGAGGACGGUACCCAAUCUCCAUUUAUUCGCCAGUUUCUCGCUUUCUCAUUCUCAUUUCAAUCUCUCAAGAUUGUGCAGAUGACUAAGAACAAUACAAAUAUAGUUGUAGCAUUUGCUACAAUUUCUCUUGUCUGCUUUGUUCAUCCUGCAAUUGGUCUUGGCCUAUUACUUCUUUCACAUUCGCUCCAUGCUCAUUCAGCACUCUGCAGUUUCUUGGGAGCUUCGUUUCGUAAUAUCGCUCAGAAAAAGGGCCUCUAUAAAUCCAAGAUGGGUAAUAAUCCUAUUCUACUAUCCAAAAGUAAACCAGAUGGGAUCGAGCAACUCCUGCCAAUGGAUGAUAGCCCAACCGCUGCUAAAAGCUUUACUGACAGCCAGCUAGAAGUGUUCGAUUGUCGGCAUGGGAUCAUGAUUCUGCAUCUUCUAGCUACGCUCAUGUUUGUGCCUUCGCUUGUUGCUUGGCUACAGAGAAUCGGAGUAGGCCCGAGAUUUCCCUGGUUUGUGGAUUCUGCAAUUUGUGUGGGUGUUAUUCUGCAUGGCCUUUUCGGAGCGCAACCAAGUGCCAGCUGUAUGUCUUUCACGUUACCUGGAAGGAGAAGAUACGAAGUCGGGCCGAGCUUUCUUUACCUCCUUGGUGGCUAUUAUUCCUUCGUUAGCUCCAUGGCAUUGGCACCUUACAGAGCGCUAUAUGCGAUGGCUGUCAUUGGUUUCAUCUGUUUUGCCUCCAGAAUUCUUGAGAUCAGAGGUAAGAUGAGAGGUGAACAUAGCUCUAGAAAAAGGCACUGGCAUAGACACUAGCUUGGGAACUGAUUAAUUCUGUAAUGACGCUGCAAUACAUUAGUUUAUAAUAGCAGCUAUUAUUAUCAUUUUAGCUUUUGGUUGCGAACUAGGAAGAGCAUUGUUCUGCUUAUGAUGGGAUGCUGCGAAGUGUUGCCCUGAAUUUUGAGUUGAAUCAGAUUUUGUUGGUC